AUGGUGUUUGGCGUCUACACGGGCCUGAACGGUGCCGACAAACCGCUUGAUCAGCUCACUCAGGAAGAGCAGGCCGAGUUGGGAGCCAGAAAGAUGAUCGAGUUCAUGCAAUCGUGCCCUGGUAAGACCAUCAUGGCCGGUGGUUCUGGUUUCGCUCUUGGUGGUUUCUUUGGUUUAUUCAUGGCCUCCAUGGCUUACGAUACGCCUGGUGGUGUUCAUAUCAACGACUUGCCGUUUAAACAACAGAUGAAGAUCCAGUUUAGUGAUAUGGCCAAGAGAUCGUGGAGCAGUGCUAAGAACUUUGGUUACCUUGGUAUGAUCUAUAGUGGUGUCGAGUGUUCCAUCGAGAGUUUGCGUGCCAAACACGAUAUCUACAAUGGUGUUGCUGCUGGUUGCAUCACCGGUGCUGGUCUUUCCAUAAAAGCUGGUCCUCAGGCUGCAUUCAUUGGCUGCGCUGGUUUUGCUGCCUUUUCCACGGCCAUCGAGCUCUAUCUUGCCUCCGAUAGUGCCGCUCCUCCAAGCAACGACUACGACGACUAA